GAAAAUGGCUGGGCGACUUUCUCAGGCCCUUAUUUUAAUAUCUGCGUUAUUCGCUUACUUUUGCCCUGAAAGUUCUGCUGGAAGUUUGGAAGAUGGUUUACUUGUUAUAACCGUAGCCACAGAGGAGUCAGAUGGUUUCAAGAGGUUUAUGAGAUCAGCACAAAAAUACGGCUAUGAUGUCGAGGUGCUUGGCAUGGGUUUGGAGUGGACCGGGGGUGAUAUCGAUCUGCACCCCGGUGGAGGUCAGAAGGUCAAACUGCUGAAGGAGGCCAUGGAAAAAUAUCAAGAUCGAAAAGAUUUAAUCAUUAUGUUUGUAGAUAGUUACGAUGUGGUGUUAACUGCUGAAUAUAAAGAAAUCCUGAAACAAUUUAAAAAGUCUGAAUCUCGUGUCAUCUUCUCUGCUGAAGGAUUCUGCUGGCCGGACCUAUCUCUAGCUGAGCGUUAUCCAUUGGUGAAGUUGAACGAGAAGAGAUAUCUCAACUCUGGGGGUUUUAUUGGUUAUGCCCCCGAGUUAUGGGAGAUUGUGAGCAGUGCCCCUCUGGAUGAUGCGGAUGAUGAUCAGCUCUUCUACACCCGCAUCUUUCUUGACGAUAACCUCAGGGAGCAGUAUGCAAUCAAGUUGGACAGCAAGGGUGAGAUCUUCCAGAAUCUGAAUGGUGCUCUCGAUGAAGUCGACCUCAAGUUCAAGGGAACCGAGGCAUUCAUGUACAACACGAGGACGGGGACGACGCCUACCGUUAUCCAUGGCAACGGUCCGAUCAAGCAUGAAUUCAACCGCCUCGCUAACUACCUAGCGGGCCACUGGACUCCAACCCAUGGCUGCAUCUCAUGUAGUGAGGACACGUUCUCACUGAAGGACUUUGCCAUCGAGGACUACCCCUCAGUAACCAUGGGCAUCAUCCUCCCUCAUCCAACGCCAUUCAUCAACGAGUUCUUCCAAAGAAUCGCCAAGCUGGACUAUCCUAAGCAGAAGAUAGAUCUCUAUGUCUUUAACAGGGUUGAACACCACAGUAAGGAUGUGACUGCUUUCCUAGAAACACACAGUGAUGAAUACCACUCAGUUAAAUCAGUAACGCCUGACCAGAACCAAUUAGAAACUGAGGGCAGGAACAACGGAAUUGAUUGGUGCAUUCACAACAACUGCAAGUAUUACUUCUCUGUGGAUUCCCUGGUGCAGAUGACAAACCCAGAUUCACUCAAGUUGCUCAUCGAACAAAAUAGAACUUUUAUUGCCCCUCAAAUGAGCCGUCGUGGCAAGUAUUGGUCCAAUUUCUGGGGGAGUGUAACCCAGGGUGGUUAUUAUGCGAGGUCAGCUGACUAUCUUGAUCUUGUCACCGGAAAGAGACAGGGUCUUUGGAACGUACCUUACAUUUCUAACAUCUACCUGAUCCAAGCUAGCAAGCUGCCAGCUUUGGUUGGCGCAUUCACGACCAUCCGGGAGGAUGUGGAUGCUGACAUACAGUUUACUUUCACCCUGAGAAGAAAGGGCAUUUUCAUGAUAGUGACCAAUUUGAAGAACUUCGGUCACCUGAUCAACUGCGACACGUACGGGACCGAUCACCUACACAAUGACCUCUAUCAGAUCUUUGAGAAUCGCCACGACUGGGUGGAGAAAUAUAUUCAUGACAAUUACUCGCAGGCCCUCAAUCCACGCACCGAAAUAGAACAGCCAUGUCCUGACGUCUACUGGUUCCCCGUGGUCUCAGCGACGUUUUGUAAACAUCUCAUUGAAGAAAUGGAACAUUUCGGCCAGUGGUCUGGUGGCAAAAAUAAGGACGAUCGUUUGGCGGGCGGUUAUGAGAAUGUACCGACGGUGGACAUCCACAUGAAUCAGAUAGGCUACGAGCGCCACUGGUUACACUUCUUACACCAGUUCAUCAUGCCGAUGCAGCAGAAGAUAUUCAUUGGAUAUGUCCAUGAUCCACCAACAGCACACAUGAACUUUGUUGUCCGUUAUCGCCCCGGUGAGCAGGACCGGUUACGCCCCCAUCAUGAUUCGUCCACCUACACAAUCAAUAUCGCACUAAAUCAACCAGGGGUCGACUACGAGGGUGGCGGUUGCCGAUUCGUUCGUCAGAAUUGCAGCGUGGUGGAUUCGCGUGUUGGAUGGUCCCUUAUACAACCUGGUCGGCUGACGCACUAUCACGAAGGUUUACUCACGACCAAGGGAACGCGAUACAUCAUGAUUUCAUUUGUGGACCCAUAAGUCAAUGACAGACAUUUUAUAAAGACCUGCUGCUCCACCCCAAACUUUCGGUUCUUGAUGGUUGUACUGCCUAUGCAUGUUGGGUUUUUGCCUGAGGUUUGAUACAGUUGAAGUUUUGUAACUGAAGGACUACUUUUUGCCAAUUUUAGUGGCUUCAAGGAAAUUGUAUAAACAAUCCUGUAGCUAUAUUGAGUCAACACUAAUACUCCUCGACUUACCCAAUCCAUCGUGGCUCAUGUGGGGCAAUGCAUCCUCCUGGGUUACAACUAUGUUUACCUUCGGCCAUCCUUAGGAAUAUGUAGGUGCGAUAGAGUUGAAAAAUAAAAAGCUCUCCAAUUCGUCGCCUGCACGAACCUACCCUGUCCACAGAGCAGUUAAAAACACUGUGGCCAAGCCAUCUUUCCUAGGCUAUGGUUACUGUGAACCAACAUAUUCUUAGAAUGAUCUUGGUUAGAACUUGUACCUAUUUUAGAGUUAAUCUUAUCAUACUCCGUCAUACUAACUAAGAAUCCUCAUAUAACCUGCAAAUACUCUGCGUCGCAACAAACUUUUUAUUUGUUGUUACGUGUUGCUCAUCAUCAUUUUGUAAACAUUUAUAUCAUCAGUAUAAACAUAUCGUUGUGAGGUUUUGAUAGAAAUCGCCCCAUGAAUUAAAUUAUCUGAAAUUUACCCCUGAGCAAAUUGACCUGUCAUGUAAGCUUUAUUGAAAAACGAAGGUCGAUCAAUCAAUUUAUGAAGAUCAACUUAAUUUACCAAGUUUUAAAAGUUAAUGACAAGCACACCACUUUGUUAGCAUGGACUGUCGUACUUAGGAUCACAUUUAUAAGAAAUCAAAAAUAUUUAUCAAACAUUGACUCAAACUGUCUCGUGUUCUCUGUUACUUUCAGUGUAUGUUAUUUUGGUUCAUUUAGAUAACAAAAUGUUAUUCUUUGUAAAAAUUUAACCGUUUGGAGAUUAGUUUUAUUUUAACAAAACUUGUAGAGAUCACUAUUAUAGUCUGUAGUUGCCAUGGACGUGAAUACAAUUUGAACACUGGAAACUUAGGAACGGUGGGUCUGUGAGAGACUACCAGUGCGUCUAAUGGCACAGUGGGUCUGUGAGAAACUAGCAGUGCAUCUAAUGGCACAGUGGGUCUGUGAGAGACUAGCAGUGCGUCUAAUGGCACAGUGGGUCUGUGAGAGACUACCAGUGCGUCUAAUGGCACAGUGGGUCUGUGAGAGACUACCAGUGCGUAUAAUGGCACAGUGGGGCUGUGAGAGACUAGCAGUGCAUCUAAUGGCAGAGUGGGUCUGUGAGAGACCAGCAGUGCAUCUAAUGGCACAGUGGGUCUGUGAGAGACUAGCAGUGCAUCUAAUGGCACAGUGGGUCUGUGAGAGACUAGCAGUGCGUCUAAUGGCACAGUGGGUCUGCGAGAGACUAGCAGUGCAUCUAAUGGCGACGAGUUUACUCUGCCUCAGCCUAACGGGUACUCCUUGGCUGGUACUGAAUCACAGAAACACCAUGUCUUUGUUCCAACAUGUUAAACCUCUAGAUAUUGGCUGUCAUGGCUUGGUCGCACAAUGUUUUUCUCCUGCACAUUGUAAACCGUGAAAUCUUCGCAAGCAUUUCAUUUCUGAAACUUUUUGUGAAUGAAAUUGACAUUGAAUUUGAAAAGGAGCAAAUUUGCCAACUUUUAGCUUUGCGAACAUUUGACGUUUUUACUGAAAUCUUUAAUAACAUCUGGUGCUACUGUUUGAUCAGUCUUACAAAAGAUUCGCGUCAAAUUUAGUUUCAAAUUUUGACUGAUCAGAAAGACAACGAAAAUUUGUACACAUUUGUAAUUUGAUUGUGUGUGGUUUUUCAUUGGAUUAAAAGUGGAUCUUUUGUAAGAGAGGGUCAACCUAAGUAUUUUUCAUAAGGAAUUAUUAUAAUCAGCAUGAUUUAAAAACUGUAAAUACUCAAUUAUACUGUUAACUUUUACCCACCCAAGCUUUUAACUUGCAUGUAUCAACAUAUAACUCUUAUUGUCAGUGACUCCAAUUGUCCUCCAGGUCUGCUUGUCGAGCAUGGCUGCUCUGCACUUGUUUGGUCACUUGUGUGAUUGGCCCUUAGACUUGCCUGUAGUUCAGUGGGAAUCAGUUGAGGGGCUUAUCUCUUGUCAAAUAACUACUCCUCUAUACUACUGUAUACAGUCAUUUGUAACAAUCAACUUUGUAAUAAAGAAGUUUUCUAUACA